AUGUCAACAGAGGAUUACAGCGAGGCGAUUUACCAGCUAAUGGACCUUGGCAUUACCCAAAAGCAGGCCCAUAAAGCCUUGACAAGAUACAAUUUUGACGUUGCUCGUGCGGCAGACUAUAUAUUCUCGGGUAAUGCAGACGAUGAAGAGAUUCCAGUCAAUACUACUACGACAGCCAGCAAUUCUCAACAAGAGCCAAAAGAUUGGCCAAUUUGGAACCAAGAAGAUACUGCAAUAGUACAAGAUACACACUCUAUGGAUUCUACAAGAGGUAGUGCAGGAUCAACUCAAGUUCUUCAGGACAGUGAGUAUGAAGAAGAACCUAUUAGACCAGAAUCAAAUAAACCAGACCAGUGGAGUGUCGUACCAUUUGUCGGUCCUCCUGCUACACCAAUACUAUCGUCUGACACGGCCUAUACACCAUCUGCCCUAACCAGUCCUCUUGGAUUGUGCCCUCCAUCUCAUCAUUUUACUUAUGCACCUGCCUUGUUUCAAGCAUUGUUUCACGUGCCUUUGUUCAGAAAGGCCAUACUUGCCUUUCGUCCAGUUCCGAUCCAAUGGGGAACACCAUUGAACUAUUGGAAGGGGUUUGGAGAUGCCGUGUCCCCUUUUACCUAUUGCUCUCAAGACCCUAUGUCAGAUGCUGAUGAAUCCGACAAGAAAAAACAUCUGCAGAAUAGCCAAGAAUUGAAUACAUCUGAGGAAGGACAAAGUAACUACGAUCAAUCACAAGAAGAAAGGGAAGGCGGUAUCAAUGGUAGUGGUGGUAAUAGUAAUGAUGAUUGCGAUGAUGGCUGGCCAGAUCUCAACAACCCAGAUCUAAAAAGUACACUGGAAAAGGAUAUCCAAUCAAUGCCCCUGUCACUUCGUGUGUUGGCCGAGAUCCAGAAACUGUUUGCGUUCCUAAGCCUGUCAAAACGGCGCUAUGGAAACGUGUCUCCUGUGAUUCGUGCAUUGAGUGCUAGGAUGGCCUCACCUCAUUGGGAAUUCAGUGACAAAAAUAUAGAUGGCUUCUUGGAUAUGUUGAUCGGUUGCUUGGUUGAGACUGAUGGUCUAUCCGAAAAAUCAAACGAGUCUACACCUUCGUUUCGCGAUUUCCACGAGUGUCUAGAUCCACUAGUUUACGAAAGCGAAAGUACCAAAGACGAUGAUGAGCUUAGUAGCAACAGUAGUAUUGCUCCCAUCAAGAUCACCAAAGAAAAAAAUACCGAUCUUGAUGUGGGAAACGACAAUGCCGAAAUCGAAGCCAAAGAUAUAGUCGAAGCCGAAACCGAAGCCGAAGCUGAAACCGAAGCCCAAAAUGAAGCCAAAACAGAAACAGAAAUUACAACAGUCAGUGAUACUACUGGUGAUCAAAUCAACAUAAAGCUCAACACUAGUUACAAAGAUGACAAUGAUAUUGAUGAUGGUCAAGUAAAAUGCAAGGUUACAACUUUUGAGCAGAUACCUCCAAUUUUGAUUGUCACUCUUGAAGACCGAACAGAAGAGACAGAAUCUUCGGAUCAGUCUGACUCGGAAGAAUCUUUUCGUUUGGAUCAUACCAUCUACCUGGAUCGAUACUUGACGGCCAACAAGUCCCAUUCGAAGGAAAAGUAUCAACAGGCCGAGAAGUUACGAGCGACAAUUGCACAGAACAAACUCAAGAAGCGCCAGCUGACCGAGAUCACGAUUGACAAUUUUAACAAAUUUCAUACGACCACCAUUCUUGAGGAUACCUUGAAAUAUCUUCAAGCCAAGAAAGACCAGUCCCAUAUUCCUACUACUGCUACUGAUACUUCUAAUACUACCGCCAGUAACACUCAUAGCACAUAUAACCAUAAUAAUGUUAAUGAUAAUGAUCAUAAUUCUACAAAUACAGCAGAUACAACAAAAGUUUCAAAAGUUAUUGAAAACCUGAAAGCUACUGAAUCAGCCAUUAUAUCUGCAGGUGAAUUUAUAAAGAAAGAAUUAAAAGACUUGGAGGCAAAUGAAAAGGAAUUGGGUCGUAAAUUGGAAAGUCUGUUUGAUGAAAACGAGAUGAAAAGGUGCCGAUAUGAUUUAUAUUGCACAGUCUACAAUGAUGGUCAGGAAGGCAAGGGACACACAUGGGCCUAUAUCAGGGUCAAUCACACUCAGUCUGAGGGACACUGGUUCCGUUUCCGUGAUGCCUCUGUAGAGCCUGUUACGGCCGAAAGAGUAGAGCGAGAAACUAUGACUCCGCUCAUGUUGUUUUAUAUGGCGUCCACCUCCACAGCUAAUAACGAUAAUGAUUAUGAUAAUGUUUCAAAACAAGAACAAGACCAAGAACUAGAGCACGUAAAAGAAGAAGAAAAGGAAAGAGAUUGUAUUACCGCAUCAGAUUGUCUUUCCGUCAUACCAAAAGAUCUUGUCGCAUUUGUUCAAGAAGACAAUGCUCAGUUUGAGGAAGAAAUCUACUCAAUUAGCGACUGGCAAACUCUGGAAAGACUUCCCAUCAGCUGUGCAUCCACUUCGGAAGGGUCCUUGGUGUUUGACGACGGAGACUCGGUUGGGACUGCAGUGGGAUUUACGCCCACAAAUAGAAUCGACGACGGAAACAACAACAACAACAACAACAAUAGUAGUAGUAGCAGCAGCAAUGCCAACAGUGAUGACGACAACGGAGAAGAUGGCAACGGAAACGGCAAUAAUAAUUGUCAUAUUCCGUUGUCCCCAAACUCGUAUGAUGAACUUUGUGAGCGUCGGGAAAACCUGGUGCGCAUAGCCAAUCAAAGCACCGAAGUUGACCUCUUACAACAGCAAGAUGCUCUGGACCACUUUAUUGAUCUUUAUUGGCGUAAUCCAAAUGGACCAGUGGAAGAAAAAAAAGCUAGAAGAGACGAUGAAUUGGGCUGGGUGUUUGCUGAAUUUGACAGUUUUGUACGAAUUGGUAAACGAGUUGCACGUGGGUUGAUGUGGUUUGGUCAAGGAGACCACCGAAAAGCACUUCAGACCUUGGUUCAAGCCAAGCGAGAAGAAGAAAUCUGGAAGACUCAUUUGUUGGUCGACACUCUUGGUGCGUCAUAUCAUGGGCUAGAAACUCUUGGGUUUGGAGGACCCAUUGAACAGUUUGGAAAGCAUUCUCUAAAGAUUCUAAAUCUUGCAGCGUAUCAAAAAGUAAAACAUGUUUCAUACCGUACUCGUGGAUUGGAGGAUGCUCUCUGGAUCGCACAUCAGGCACACACAGUUAUUGGUCCAGAAAGGCUUGGCACCGAUCCAGUGUUUGGACAGCUGGGUGAGAUAUGGUAUAGCUUGACAGAUGAAAUAGAAAAUGAACAGCCAAGUGCAGGCCUGACGACUGUCCAGGCGGAAUUGCUAAAUUCAUUGAUGAUGGCAUACUUGGAUGGCCAGACAUGUUUGAUAAAUGACCCAGAAGAUGAAAGGGAAAAAGAAGAAGAAAAGGAUGGACAUACAACAGACAAGGAACAAGCCGAACUUCCGAUCUGGAAGAUGUAUGAACAGGGACACAGGGCCGCAACCAAGGUUUUGAUAGAGUCUUGA